GUUGUACAAAACAUAAAGUAAUUUAUUACUAAAAGUUUUAAUUAACAUUGCCUUCCUGCAGCUUUUAUCAUAAUCUAUAUCAUAGUUUUGUGAUGUUCCAGUUAUUUUACAUCAAUUAAUGCUUUAAGAACUUUGGAUUGAAACCAUUUGACGCUGAUUUAUUAAAAAAUGUAAGGUUAUAUUCAAAGGACGCUACCAAAAAACCGUUGAACUUCAAUGAAAUUGAAUGUGACAGUUGGGAAAAGAUUCUUUCAAGAGACGUAAUUAGUUUUAUGUUUAUUUAAAUAAUUUGUUAUAAAAUAAACUAAAGGGAAAAAAUGGAAGGACUAGAAAGGAUUAAACCCGGCCUCUACAGGAAAGUUCUUCAAAAUAAUGUUGCUUCAUUUAAGGACAAGUUUAAAGAUGUGCAAGAUCGAAUUGGAGCUCUUGUGGACGUCAAAAAACCGGAGAAGUUGAUAAACGAAACAAACUUGAAACCAAAAUUAAGAAAGUCGAUGAUAAUACGAAAUUUAAAGAACUCCGAUAAGAACCUCAUAAGCAGCACGCCGUAUCACAAAGCGACUAAAGAACAUUUUUUCGAGAACAACACCUCUGCUGAAUUCUUGUCACCAAUAAGACUGGGAGAAAGCAUUAAAAAGAAUGAUAAAGCUAAUCAAGAUGAAGAUAAAGAACCCCAAUCAAAGAACGAGGCGGUUCCAAAGAAACUGGACGCUUCCAAACAGAUCCUACCGAACAAAGAAACCUCAAACAGCGACGGUUCGUCUUUGAUCUAUGUAGGAACGUCUUUCAGAAACAGCAGGAGGGAGCUAGAGUCUAACAGAGAUAAAGUUGAGGACAAAGGUUCGCAGGAAGCGGAAGUUCUGGAUACGUACGAUUUACAUGAAAAAUCCCGAAUUAAGGAAAACAAGAAGGAUGGCCCCGUUAAGGUUCCGGAGAAAAAGAAAUGCAGAAUACCCAGAAUGAAAAAAGUUCAAGGGAAAGAGUCUAAACGCAGCACAAGUGUACCCACUCCUAAAAAAAUACCACAAAAAAGGAAGGGGUCCAAUUCUUUUCUUCGUACUUCUUCGCACCAUGACAUUUCCAAUUCCAAGUCCUUCCAGAACAGUUCGGAGAUAAAAUUAAAUAGAACUCGUAGCGCGCUUUGUAAAGUUGCACCAGACGUGAUGGAAGAAUCUGUUAGAUCCGAAGAGAAAUCAAAUCGUGCCGAUGGAUCUGAAGAAGUUGAAAAAACAAGCGAUGAGACGAUUACAAACAAGGAAAAUGAGUUGGCUUAUGAAGAAAUGCCGAAAGAAAAAUUAAUAUCAAAAGAAGUUGAAGAAUCGAGCAAUGAAACGAUCACAAACCAGGAAAUUGUGGUGGAUUCUGAAGAAAUUCCGAAAAAAAAGUUAAAUUUCUCUAAGGAAAAAACUGGAAAACAAGAAAAUGCAAUCGUGAAAGAAACAAAAUCGGACAAAGUUGUUAAUGUGUCAGCGAGAUUAAAUCGUUCAACAGAAAGAGAGUCUUUUAGAGAUCAGCUCGAAAAAAUUGAUACAGAAAAUUUAAAUAGCUCUAAAAGAAAGGUGAAAAAUCAAAGAAACGCUAAAUCUAAAAAGACAGAGAAAUUGAACAAAAGUAAUAGCGUUCUAACUGGUAUAAACAAUGAAAGUUUAAAGAGACGAGGUAGACCUAGGAACAAUAAUAGAAGUCUUGAUAAAACUGGACCUACGGUCGCUGACAGACCAGAGCAGUCUGUAACUACGCCUAAUGAUUCUGUGGAGAAGAGUGAUGUGCAUGUUUGCAACAAUCGCAAACGGGUUUUCACGCAGAGUAUCGGGUUGUCGCCUAUCCACGACAGCGGUCACAUAAUAGACGAUGUUAUACCGGAAAAACAGGUUUUCACAAAGGAUAUCGGGUUGUCUCCUGUCAAAGGUAGUGGUCGACCCCAGAGAAUCCGCAGGCCUGUGUCAUACAUAAUGGACGAAGUUAUACCAGAAAAACAGGUUUUCACAAGGAGUAUCGGGUUGUCGCCUAUAAAGGUUGCUCCAUCAACGCCUAUUCAGCGAAGAGCCGAAUUGAGUCCCCCUUCUCUGGGCUUGCUAUUACAGGAAAUCGUCGAACGCAAAAGAGUCGCUAUAGAAAAAACAAUAGAGAAAAUUAAAACACGAGCCGUUACGCCGACAGCUUCGGAAGAUACGGCGUCGAACAGAAGGAUGAGAAUUCAUUUGAAACUGGCCACUUUGGACUCAACACAAACAUCGCGCCGUGGCUCUUCGUCCGAUGAGUCGUCGCGUUCGUCCAUCGCAUCGUUAGUGAGGAAAGUAUACGAAAAAGGCGCCAUGCACGUUUCCGAUAGACCGUCAGGUCCAAACAUUUACGAUACUCUGGAGAAAGGUGCCACUUUGGACGAUAUCCAGUCCUUUAGCGAUUCUUCUAACUCUUACUGCCCACCUGCUCUGUCUAUGGAAAGGCCGUGGAGGUUCUCGGGCAACGGGGUGGUUCCGGAACAGAGCCGCAGCGUCAAGCUGAACUUUCUGCGCAGCGAAAACGCGAUCAGCGCUUCCCAGUUCGGAGACGUUGACCGGAUCUCGGAGGACAGCGAGUCGAUUUGUAGCGAAGACUCCGGCCAUUCUACUAACAGCGCUGACGAUUAUUCUUUAAUCGAUCGCCCGGUUCUGGAGGUGACCAGGAGGAAGGCCGGUGUUGCCUCGUCGCAAACUGCGAAGCGGCAGUACUCGCAAUACCAGAGGAAGAGCGCCAAGCCGAAGGUUGACGAAAUGAACGAUGUUGGUCCAUCUGGGGAUGAUAUAGUAUCGAUAUCUUCGGCUGAUCAACGAUUGUUAGGCGUGCAACCGUUAAGCAGCUGUAGUGUUGAUAAAAGAAACACGAGAAGAACGAAUUCGUGGUCACCGAAAAAGAAGCAAAUACUUGGGAAUGCCGAAGAUCGCCAACCAACGGCGGAAGAGGACCUAGAAAUGCAAAAAGAACAACGUACGGCUGGUUUGGAAGUUGCGGCAAUUAUGACUGGCAACUCACCAAUUGGAAGUUUGAAUGAUGAAGAUAAGUUGGAAUCUCCAGCAGUCGUUCCUGAUAAAGAAGCUGAAUUUAAAAAUAAGCGUCCGAAACGAAGUAACUUCAAUUCGAGGGCCAUCAUUCAUGCUUCUCCUCCUGUCGUAGCGCCAAAAGAAGUUAAAGUGACCAAUCAGCGAGAGAAGCGUAAAACUGGGAACAGAAAGGGAAACACCAAGUCGAUUUUGGCUGCAGUUGAGCAGGACAGUAUAACUUUCAGCAGUUGUCGACCACAGAGAAUGCGCAGGCCAGUGUCGUACGUGAUAGACGAUGUUAUACCGGAAGGUGCCAUUAUUUUGUCGACGUUUAGAGGAACACGUCGGAGAAUAGCCGACAGAACGGAUGUCAGAACAAGUACGAUAAGUCGAGAGUCACGUUACGAGGAAAGCAUUCAAAAACAACGUCGCACUACUGCCAAAGGCAAGAAAAGCCAUGAAAAUCAUACAGUACGAGAAGAGCCUGAGGAUUUGGAUGCGGCUGGACCCUCAACUACAAAUCGUUCCGAAAACCUCAUUGCAGAAUCGCACGAAAUUCCAGAGCAAGCAGAGCACGAAUUACCAGAACAACCCACAGAAUCUCAACGCACGGAAAAAACAACUACUGCAGAACGUCAAGAAACCGAAGAGCCGACUAAACCUACAGUGCGCAGACGAGGACGUAAGCCAAAGCACGUCGCCCCUCCUCAAGAGCCUGUUGGUCCAACUCUGGACAACAUGUCAUCAGGAACUUCAACUACAGUGCGCAGACGAGGACGUCCAAAGAACGUAGCUUCUAAAGAGUCUGUUGGUCCAACUGUGGACAUCAUGUCAUCAAGCACUUCAAGUACAGUGCGCAGACGAGGACGUCCAAAGAAAGUCGCUCCUCCUAAAGAGUCCGCUGGUCCAACUGUGGACAAAAUAUCUUCAGGAACUUCCAGUACAGCAAAAACCUUCGCAGAUGUUGAAGAUAGUUCAGAACAUCGGCUUAUGCCGCCGCCUCCGAUAGACUCUGGUUUUAUGACAAUGAGCGGAACCAUAAGGAACACCAAUCACGGGACCAAUUUAGCAAAUGACACAGAGAAAGGCAUUUCCAACUCAUUUGAUAAUAUUACAUCAUCAUACAACAUGCCUUCAGAUCGAACGUCAAAUACUCACAGAGAUGGAGCUGUUACAAAGAAGAAACUAAGGAACAAUGUUGCUAAAAAAGCGGUGAGCAGAAUUACCAGGGGUUUGGUGCGAAUGUCCAGAUUAAGCUUAGAAAAUGAUUCUAAUGCGUCCGUACAAGACAACACUUCUGCGAUUGUACCGAACCAUGACAGUCCACAAAGACAAGAUGGCGUUCCUGAAUUUAGAAGAUUGAACGGGUACAAGUCGCCAAGCUGUGGUGAAUCCAUUAGUUUUUGCAGGGGUCAGGUGUCUUACGAUAUGACGUUCAUCGGUCGAAUACCGUCAGAAUCCGACUUCCACGGAUCUGAGAAUAUUAUGAAAUGCGAGAGCAUAAAUAUACCCGGCGACAAUGGCAACAGCGGAUACAUGCGGAUCCCGCCCAGGUGCCACAAGAGACCCAGCGUCGCAUCGAAAUAUACCUUGUUUUAUAAUGUAGUAAGUGGAUGCGCAACAGUCUGGUUGGAUAACGUAGUCAAUACAGUGAACCAAGGGGAACAUUUUUGCGUGCCUAAAGGAUUACAGUAUACGGUUCGCAAUAUGGAUACAGAAGAGCCGUUAAUAUUAUUUUACGUGAGAGCGAAAUAUGUGUAACUUUUUGUUCUUUACAAAUAAGAAAGUGAUAUAUUUUGUAUUUAUUUUAUAUAUUGUUUAUGUUCAUGUAUUUUAAAGAUUUGUAUAUUGUGUUCUAUUUGAGCGAUUUUCAUGAUUUUGGCUUUUUAGUACUUUUUCUAAAUUAAAAAUGAAAGUUUCCAUAUGUUAAUUAUACGAGGGAAAACAUAAUGUUGAUAUUUUG